AUGUACCACCUUGUAGAAAGUUUCAGGAGAAACUCAAAGGGCCCAUUCAAUGGGGAAGGGCAAGGUGCUUUGCCUGGACUGUUUCUGGCUGCUGGACAUGCAUCUGGACUCAAUGUUUUCGAGAAGUUCACUGAGCAGAUUAGAGAGAUUUCUCCGAAUUCUUAUGAUUGGUUUAUUCAGAUUGAGCCGGAGCAGUGGACGAGUUCUCUAUUCAAAGGUGAGCCGUUUAACCAUAUCACAGAAAAUGUAGCAGAACCAUAUUCUAAGCUGAUGGAGGAAAUACGGGAAUCAACUUUAAUGCAGAAGAUUGAAGAAUUCAUAUACAUGGUUAGUGAAUUGAUAAAUAAUCGUCGAACAGAGUCAAGUAAAUGGACUACAAAACUUACUCCACCCAAAGAGAAAAAGAUCCAGGAAGAAGCCUUUAGAGCAGAAAAUCUUCGAGUGUUUAUGGCAUCAGAUAUUCUAUUUGAGGUUCAUGAUGAAUCUACUCAUGUAGUGAAUAUCGAGAAAUGGGACUGUACUUGCCUAGAAUGGAAAGAAUGUGGGUUACCAUGUCGACAUGCUAUUGCUUCCUUCAACAUUGCAGGGAAGAGUCUGUACGAUUAUUGUCCGAGACACUUCAGUGUUGAUACUUACAAGUCAACAUAUUCAGAGUCCAUAAACCAUAUUCCUGAAAUUGGUGCACUGGUGGGAACGGAAGAGACUGAUUUGGACACAAUGCACGUGCUUCCUCCUCUCCCUCGAUCACCAGAUCAACACAAGGCAAUCAUCAAAAUAGAGGAUCCAGAUAAGAGGACAGUCACUUGUUCGAAGUGCAAGCAACUCGGGCAUAAUAAAGCUUCAUGCAAGACCAACUUGUAG